GCUAACGGACCCCCCACCGGGUGAACCGAUCCCGUGUAGUUUUCAUUGACCGCAAUGAAAGCAAACGAAUCGAACCGUUCCAAUUUGCAAAUUAAUCGUACAUUAUUCAACAGUCAACGACCUUCGGCAGGUUUCCAUGCUGCUCGAAUUGUCACCUAGAAUGCAACAGCGGAGGUUGUCCACAUUUUCUUUCAUCCCGCGUCCGAUCGCCAACGCCAACGGGUUUCACGGAAAAAACCUUUCAUUUCAUCAACCGGACAAAUUGAGUGCUUUAUCACAUCACACAGUAAUGGAUGGUGAGUUUUGGCAAUUGUAAUUGCGGCCAGCUACCAGCGGAGGUAAUGUAAAAGUAAACAAGCCAAAAUCUACGGCGAGAUAAAAAAGUGAAAGACACUCGAAAUUCGGGGAGAUGCUCGGCGCUCAACCGUUCGUUGUUUGCACGUACGACGAAGCACAGACGCCGACGGUGUUUGGACGCCAACCCGCAACAUCACGGGCGUCAGUCUCGAACGAACUAUUGAACACGCUGUACUCAGCUUGCACACCUUUCGCAAGCAACGUGCGCAUAAUCGUAUUUGUGUAUGAUCGGUGCUGUUUUUUUUUUGGUUUUUCGGAUAAUCAUCCGUCUCCAAGGUGGUCAGAACCGUCGGUGACGUUCUGUAUUUCGUGAAUUCACGAGCCAUCCCAGUUCUCAGUAGGCGAGGGAAAUCGAAUCCGACAUAAACGCUGCCAUCGUCACCACAGUGAUGAGCAGCUUCAGUGUUCGAUUGGAAGAAUCAAAAUCGAAAAUCAGAGGAAAAUUGUGAAGUGAAGAAAGAAGUGAUUUGUUCUAGUCUACCGCGACUUUCGGACCGACCGGAAGAUUUCGGAAAGUGUGUCUUGAUUUUUUUCUAGGAAGCAACCACACAUCGGUUUCGGAUUCGGCGUCGGAUUCGUGUGUUAGUUGUUGGAUGCAAUACCGGACUCGGUCGCACGUAGGCCAUUGGCUGGUGUCGAGAGAAUAGUGCAGCAGAAAUGAGAGCCCUGGUGUUAUUACUGAUUAACAUAUUUUGCCUGGCAAAGUUUGUCAAAUCCUAUGGCGUUGUGGAGCACCGCGUUGAUCACUAUAAAUCUACCAACGGACAUGAAUACGAUUAUCAUUACCGUGACAGAGCAGCGCCUCGAUUUGAUAAGAACAAGCUGAACUACCCGCACCAUCAUCAACAGCAGCAGCAGCAGCAGCAACUGUUGCAGCAAUCAUUGUUGACGAAGGAAAAACGACCCUUCAAGUUUCCGUACGGCAACAAGUACUUUGCCACUGGCUUUGAACAGAUCCUUACACACCCGAAGUACCCGGCGGCCAUUGCACCGACCUAUUCCUCAACUAGUUUCAAGCAACAGAACUCAAUUCCCGUAUACGAAAGUCACGAGAAAAUUAUUCGCUCCUUCACGAAUGCGGACGAGAGCGACUACGAUGAGAUUUUGGAUAAACGAAGGUCUGGCAUCAAUUCGUUGACCAAAAACACGCUCUACAGUACGACCAAUUAUCAUCGGGUGCCACAACCACACCGAUACAACAGUUACGACGCUUUGUCGGAAUCCGAAUCGGAAUCGGAAGAAGCUCCAAUCGCUCCAACUAAAUCCUCAUUCGCUAGUCAUUCACCGUUGCCAGGUGGACUCAAAUUUCCAGCAAGUUUCCACUACAUUCCCAGCGGGUACACGUACUUCAACACUCACACGAUUCCUCAAUCGGAGCAUCAUUCCCAAGCUCUGUACGUCGACCCAUCCGAAACUCCGACUACGACUCGCCGGCCAUACAUCGCACCAUCGCUGACCUCAACGACUUCGUCUCCCAAAUUCAACUUACCCCGACGACCGACUAAACCGUCACUUCUUCGGCGUCCUUAUCUGGCACCGGCACUGACGACUACGAAGCGACCCUACGUGGCUCCCCAGGUAACACGGACCACUCCGGCGGUUCCAGUUCCAGAGCGAAGUACAAAAAGGCCCACGACCGAUCGGUCACAGAAUUCGAUCUACAACGGAGCCAGUCGGUUCCGGUACACGACCAGCCGAACGACGACGUCCACCAGCGCAAAGACGAAACCGAGCGACCUGUACGAACCCGAGUUCGAUAUCGAUAUUCGGAUCGAUCUGUCACCGGACUCACCCUAAACCCGGAGUGGGCAGGUGUUGGACCCUCCGACGUUAGCGAAAAUUUUAUUAACUUAAUUCAAUUUAUGACGAAAAAUUAAACGAAGAAAUAUUGAAACAGCCUUUCGAAGGAAAUGGAUGAGAAAGAAACGACCGGCCGGCACGGAUCAGUGCGAAUCGACCUUGAACUAUAAUAGCUAUAUUAAAUUACACCAUCGUCAUCAACGAAAAUGAGUCCGAUGCGACAGCCGGAAGGUUAAUUUCCGCCAGUUGAAAGGCUACGUUAUGUAUAAGCUUUUCCCGCAUUUAUCACACUUCGAAAUGAUGGGCAUCGUAUUUAAUAAACCUUUCUUCAGGACAGAGUCGAGAAAAAGUUAACCGAAAGUUUAGUAAGUCUAAAGAAAGGGAGGAUUUCAUUUGGCUCUUGUCAUUAAACUGAAUAUGUCUCAUUUUACAAUGUGCGCCUUAAAAAAAUUACAUAUAGGAAAGUUAUAAGUUUUCCAUACCAUUGAAAAUGUUAUCAGCAAUUUAUGAUUAAAUUAUGCGAAAUAUAAGAUAUUUAGUGGAACUGACACAUUUUAUACGAACGUAUUGUGCAUCGUUUGCACCGUAAAAGUAGAAAUUCUUCUCAAUAAUAUCCAACAGUAGAAGGUUCGAAUUCCAGAAAAAAAUGCUAUCAAGCAUGGAUAAAAAAAAAUUGGUCCUUUCUUUGAAUUUAUACUUUGUUCCAUUAGCAGUAAGCGAAUCUGCAACAAAAUAAUCGAUACAAGUAAUUAUAUGUUUGUACUCGUCCGCCCCGCCGUUUUGAUUGUAAACGUGUAAUGAUCCGAACAUUUAAAUAAAGUCAGCAUUUUAAGAAUUCGUCACACUUCGGAAUUAUGGGAACCGUAUUUGAAUACCUUUUCAGGAUUGAAAAGUCAUCAGCGCAGAUACUAAUAGUUGAGAAAAAGACAACCGAAAAUAUAGACUCAAGAAGCGAGGAUUUAUCAAUAUUUAAAAAAAUAUAAGAGAAAGUGUAACUUAUUAAACAAGGAAGAAACUAAAAAUCAAUGCUUUUUUAUGAUUUCAUACUUUCUUUCAUUCAAGUAAACUAAUCUGCAACAUAAUAAUCGAUAGAAGUAAUUGUAUUUUUGGUCUCGUCGGCCUCGCCAUUUUGACGGCAAACUUGUGAUGAUACAAAUAUUUAAAAAGAGCACAAAUUUAUCACUUUUCGGAA